CAUCAAGAGAUUGCAGUAGGCAGAGCUCUUUCGGAGCGCGAUGACUACCAUUGAGGAGCGCUCUAAACGCUUCACUCCCAAAGUCAACACCUCCUUUUGUAUGGCCAGGGUUUGGAAUGGCGGCUUGGGAGGACAGUGUCCAUUGAUGCCGGUGUCCAACUCCUUCGGCUUAUGCAAGACUCAUGCUCAUCGAGAUGCAGCAGAAGGGCUGUCGCACGGCAGGGUCGAUGGGCCAAUUCCCCUCGAAAAGCUCGAGGAGUUUGAGGAGCGAUGGGAGAAAAGAGGAAGCAAUGGCUCAUUUGUGCAAGGCUCGCCGCAUGGGAUCCCACCAGCCAGCCCCCAGUCCAAAGCAAGGAGCCCCUCGCGAACUCCGCGCAGAAUCAGAACUCCGCCUCCAGAGGUCACACCCAAGCGAAAGCUGAGCAAAAGGGCUACACCGGAUGCGCCUACGCCCUCUACACCAAGUAUACGCAAGACACCUCUUAAAGAGGGAGCGGGCAGCUGUCUUGCACGUGUUUGGGCAAGUGGCAGAGGUGGGCAGAAACUUGGUCGCAGUCUCAAGCGAAAAGCCUUUCAGAAACGGCAGAAAGUGAUUCUGCCCUUCUUAUUCUAUUCGGUGGAGACUUUGUGAGCAUUUUGCGCUGCUCACUGCUCAUGUCUUAUACACAGAUGAUGUUUUUGUGUUGAGUAGAAACCAGCCACCUUUGACAAAGUAGGUUGAUUCGAUGGCAGGUGUAAGCUAUGCACGUUGAACGCUUUGAUCCACGGCAACUCUUAUCUCAAACGCUUUCCCACCAUUUGUCUCGCUUGAUCAGAGCAGCAUGGACUGUUUGCUGCCGGCCGGCCGGCGCUUGUCGGUCAAAGACCUUAAAUCCUUAAAUGGCCAUCGAGCGGGCAAAACAUGCGCGAGGGCAAGGAUCAAGCUUGCCACUUCGCAGCAGAUUGUGGCAACCCAAGCCAGCCAAGCAGGUGGUCACAGACCCCCCACAAGCUCUGGAAACCGGUCGACCAGCAUAGGGCUGGAGCAAAUUAGUUCAUUUUCACUGAGUGAACCAGUAAACCAUAACAAAACCUCACAACGUCCGUAGCAUCAUCCUGAAGCUGUUCGCCGGCCGCAGUCCAACUGGCUUCGACAUAUUGCAUAUCUGCAGAGUUGAGGCUUCGCAAUGGCUUAACAAUGCCAAACAUGCCGGGAGAUUUGUGUGUUCCCACGAGGUCGGAGCAGUUGCUCCAGAAUUAGCCCAAAGGUUCAGAACUGCUUGCUGCUUUGCUUUCAGCCGAUCCAUGCAAGCCCCUCCGGCCAGACCAAAGACCCAGUGCCAUUAAGUUUUGAUCCUGUGAUCAGCCCAGCGCUGCUGGCCACUCAGUAUCAAGUUUUGCCAUCCGAUGGGUCAUGCUUUGCACCCUAGCACUAGCGCAUUGUCAUUGUGUCACAGACCCACCAAGUUCACUUGCAUCGGUGCUCCACCAACACAAUCAAUUUGUCCAUACUCAGUUUUAACUGCUAGACCUGAAAGAAGGCCAUCAUCGAAAAGAAGCCCAUAGCCACGUCAUGGGCAGCAAUUCCCAAAUUGUUAACAUAUUGUAUACUGAUUUGAUCACUAAUUAUGUGAAGACCUGGACCGCGAGGCAAGAAUGAAGGGCACAAGUGGACAGCAAUGCCAAGCGCAAUAUGGCUACAAGAUGCUAUAAGCUGAUACAAGCACAUUCCAGACGGUACAGUACACCGAUAGUGCGCAGCCUUUUGGAGCACUCCUUUGUACGUUAGUAGGGCACUAGUUAGUCAUAUUUCUUUUUGUGUUGGCGGCACCCGCCCCACUUUGAGACAAAAGUCACAAUUAGGUGCACCAAGCCAGCAGAAGAGGGCCACAGCUUGUGCAAACAACACAUGCGAGAUGCAGAAAAACAUGACGGAGUACCUUGCCAUGGCUUCGUCAAAGGUGAAAUACCAUCCGCAAAGAUGCAGGACUUCAAGAAAGAAGCGGCUAAGCGUGGAUGGAGCGAGCCAAGCCCAGACGCACCGAGCGUUGCAACAGAGAAAGAGCUUAGGUCUGUUCCCAAAGCCCUCAAGCGACCAGCGGGCGAAAAGACAUAAGACUUAAGAGCAUGCUCGCAAGAGAAGCGU